CGGUUCGUCAGCUGGUGCAGUGGUGCAGGUGUGCUCUCGUCUACCGUUCGGUACAGUCGUGCGUAGGCACAAAAUCACAGUCACAGCUUCGGCUGAGCUGCGGACCACCACCGUGUGGUAAAAAAAACGCGUGUGGUCAGCGAGGCCAAACCAUCCGUGCCUGAAAGGUCGUCUGCGGUAAUUAUCGCUCAAGAUGCUGUACCGGCUGCUGUGCGUCUAUCUAGCUUUGGUCGGUGGCCUAGUUUCGACGUCACCAUUGCACCAUGAAGCUGAGGAAGAAUACGACCCAAUGCAUCCCCAGCGGUUUCUGUUCGCGGAUCUGGCGCCAACGGCAUCUACCGACCAGCGCGCCAAACGCUCGUCCGCAUCGAUGCCUAAACUGCGCUUCGAGCCUCCGUCCCCAAACGAGCAGCAUGCCCAGUACUGGAACAACGUGGCACAGGACAUACUCGACCGGCAGCUGUACAAGAACAGGCUGAACCGGAAGGUGGCCAAGAAUGUAAUCAUGUUCCUGGGUGAUGGACUCUCCAUCCCAACGCUGGCCGCAACGCGCGUCUACCUCGGUGACGAAAGCACGGAGCUGUCGUUUGAGCGGUUCCCGUACGUGGGACUUUCCAAGACAUACUGCGCCAAUGUACAGGUUGCUGAUUCGGCCUGCACCGCAACUGCCUACCUGGCCGGAGUGAAGGCUAACUACGGAACCAUCGGCCUUACGGCCGCGGCUGCCCUCGGGGACUGUCAAGCGCAGAACGAUACCUCCAACCAUGUACAUUCGAUUGCAAAAUGGGCCCAGGACGCUGGGCUUUCUACCGGAUUCGUAACAACCACGGAAGUGACGAAUGCUUCCCCAGCUGGGAUGUAUGCCCACACGGCCAAUCGAAACUGGGAGUAUAACGGUGCCAUCGAGAAGGACGGCUUUGAUCCUGCCGUAUGCCAAGAUAUUGCCUCCCAACUUAUCCAUGGCGAGGUCGGCAAACAUAUGCGAGUUAUUAUGGGCGGAGGUCGUCGGGAGUUCCUGCCAACCCACGAAACCGACAUCGACGGCAUCCAGGGAAGGCGCACCGAUGGAGAGGAUUUAAUUAAACACUGGCAACAUCAUCAUUCCCAUCACCGAUCUGCAUACGUGCAGAACCGUGUCCAAUUACUCGAGACCAACACUGCGCACGGUGAGACGGACUAUUUGCUUGGCCUGUUUAGCAGCAAGCAUCUUCCCUACCAUCUGGACGCGGACGAACAGCAGAUCCCCACGCUGUCCGAGAUGGUAUCAACCGCGAUGGACAUCCUCGAGCGCAACGACAAUGGAUACUUUCUAUUUGUGGAAGGCGGCCGGAUUGAUCAUGGGCAUCAUUACACACAGCCGAUAAGAGCGUUCGACGAGACGGUCGAGUUCGCCAAAGCUAUCGAGAUGGCACGCAGCCGCACGAGCCAGGAUAAUACACUGAUUGUCGUAACGGCGGACCACUCGCACACGAUGACGAUGAGCGGUUACUCGAGUCGCAAAAAUGACAUACUCGGAGUUAAUAAUGGCCAGCGGGCGGAUGAUGAGCUGCCGUACGCCACCAUCAGCUACGCGAACGGACCUGGUUACGAUCGGAACGUGCAGCGCGAAGCCCGGCUCGACCUGAACCGGGUCGACAUGCGGGACAAAUCGUUCGCCUUUCCGAGCACCGUACCGCUCGGGCUGGAAACACACGGCGGUGACGAUGUGGCCGUAUUUGCCAGCGGUCCUUGGGCGCAUCUGUUCAGCGGUACCUACGAGCAGCAUUUCAUCCCGCACGCGAUGGCCUACGCCGGAUGCAUUGGACCGGGUCGUACGGCCUGCACUGAGCAGCAAUCGUAAAUCGGACAGCUUCUUCGACACAGACAGCAAAUGAGAAGCGGACGCUGCCAAAAGAAUUCGGAAUCUCAACAACCUUCGCCAAUGCCGCCGAAGGUACAAUGGUCGAGCGCUGACCGUGUUCGCCCAGUGCUCUUACCGGAACGGAAUAUUCUUUUCGGCUUAAUUGGCAUCCAGUGUUCCAGCCGUCAAUGGAGUUGAUUGAGAUUGAGGCACACUCAGCAGCAUACAGAAUCAGAGUAAUAAAUGCGCAAUCAAAGAGAUGCGCUACCGAA